UGCAGCAGUCGGCGAAGAAGCAUCUCACGGGGCUCGUAUGCGCUCUACUUCUACGGCCAAAGGUGUACACAAGUGGGAACAAGUGCCGCAGUUUGAAGCAGCGAAACAGUGCGUCAGUGUUUCCGGUAACCCGUGUGCGUGUUCUUCCACUUGGGAAGUUGAAUUGCGUGUGUGUAUGUGUACUGUGUGUGUGAUAGCUCCAAAAGCUCGACAAAAGAAGCGAGAACAAACAGCAAACAAAAGCCAAGCGUCGAAAGGAAAUCGAAAAUUUUGAAAAAAAGAACAUUUCACCCCGAACUUCCUGCGUGCUGCAAUUUUGUGGCAAUUGUUUAGGGUCGGAAAAUUUUCGUUCUUUCCGCACGAAGGAAAAACCCUCGCGGCACCAGACCAGAGUGUUGUUAAGUGUUCUGUUGUGGGUAGCGAAAAUUAAUAAAAACCCAACCUACCGGUCUCGUUGGCUGAGUUGUUUUCGGUUCGACAGCAAACGAACGAAAAAUCGCCUAACCCGGGGUUUUCGCAGUGAAACGCACAACCAAACGCAUUCAUCAUGAAGCUACUUUUAGCGGUGUUAACUUUCGCGACGUCCCUGCUUAGCAUACAAUGCCGUCCCCAGGCGAUACACUUCUUCCCCUAUCGACCGGCAGAGCUUCCAGCAGCACCAUAUCACUAUCCUGCACCUGGCUUACCGAUCGCGGGUCGGCAGUACAGUCUUAUACCGGUGUCAGUGCCAUUUCCAACCGGACUGUACACACCUGGAAUGGUAAAGAACGCACAGGGUACAAUGCCGAGUAUAGGGAUGGAGGAGAAAUCUCCGGAGAAGCUAGUGGAAAAUACUACUAGCCAAAAACGAAUAAGAAACAAACCCGCCCAGGCUAAGAAACCUAAGCGAGUUAUGAAUGCACCCUUCGUACAGGCUCUCCAACAAGCCGAUGGGCAGUUUAAGGUGCAAAAGUACACUUUGGCAGCUGCAGAACAGUCCCCAAAAACCUCUCCACAACAGAAACUGCUUCCGGAGCAGGACAAGAGUCAACGGCUAGAAGCUCAACGGCUUAAAACGGCAGGUAAUCCUAACCCGGUUGUGGUUACUGCGACCGGCUCGACGACAGCCGAUGCCCCGGUGCUAGGGCGUGUACCGGUCGCACCGACUGUCUCCGAGUACUACCCGUUCUACGGUUUCCCGAUGACAGACAAUCGGGAAGAAGCAUCACUCAUACUGGAGCCCUCGUCUAAGGCCAUCUCCGGCAAUGGUGGCACCGCCAUCUCGACGCCCGUCUCACAUGCGAUCCUGAAGCAGGGCAGCAAAUCGAAGAUUCUCUUCCGACCGCAGUCGGUUGCUAUCGUCGGUGCGAACGGGCGUGCUCACGCGCAGGCCGAUCUUAUUGUCGAUUAUGUGAAUCCGGAACAUCGUACUGCUACCGAUGUGCUGAAGCUACCGUUCUAUGGAGGUGCCCGUGGACAGAUACUGGAGAUUCGCAAAAACAGCGACGGUACGGUGGUUAGCAAGAUACUGCGUGGUGACGAUGACGACAUGGAGCUGAAGGUACAUCAGGUGGCGGAUGAACCGUCCCCGGUCAAACAGGUGUCCGCCGAGCAGACACUGGAUGUGAGCGAAGAGGACCUGAAGGGAUCGGAUCAAUCGUUCGGUGACUACCUGCUGAAGAUACAGAAUGCGGCCGCAUCACUUGUUUCGCUGCAAGAGACGGUGAAGAAGACGGGAAAACUCUCACCAGACCAACGAAAGGUGUACACCGACAAUCUGGAGAAGCUCGGUGUUGCCGCCCAGAAGUUGGCCCACAUCCAGCAGGCGGAUGAUGAUCAGGAUGCGAUUCGAUUCCUGUUUGACUUAUCCGCUUUGACAGCCAACUACGAGACCACGUCGGCUGCAGAUCCACAGAAGAAGAAGACCUCCUCGAACAAGAUCACAUCCUUCCCCGGGUACAAGGGCAAGGAGGAGAACAAGAAGAAGGAGGAGGAAGAGAACGUUGGGGAAGAUACGUCCAGUGGAGAUUCGGUGCAGGUUGACACCCAGGAGAAGGAGUCGUCGAUCGCUGAGGCAAAGCCAGUUGGUCUUGCCAUUGCUGGUGAGGGAGGUGUUGCGUCGUCCAAACCUGUUGCAACGGCCGUCGUCGGUGACGGUGGUCUUGCAGUAGCCCGUCCGGUGGCGACUGCCAUCGCAGGCAUCAAGCCCAGUGAGUUGGGAAAUCUGGGACUCCCAAUCUCGGUCAACAAGAAGGUCCUAACCAAGGGAAAGUAUGGAUUGAUUGCUGCGGGAGAUGAAGCCGCCGGUGGAGGUGUGCUCGUUGGACCAGACUUUGAGGCACGUGUAGCACCGAAAGAGAUUGAGGCAGAGAUCGAAGACAACCGUCAGCAAGCGAUGGCUAACUUCGACACGGAGAAAUUCUUAGCCAACCUACGACUGAAGACGGCGCCAAACCCGACUCCACUGCCGAGUGCCUCACCACAAUCGCUGGGAGCUUAUCAGCCAGCGUCGUACCUACAGCAGACCGUUCCUUACAUGCCCGAUUAUGGUGUUAGUCAGAAUGGCUACCCAGUGUACACGCCAAUCAUCCCGUACUACAGCUGGACGCCUUACAGCUACCCGUACCAAUCCACCCUGAGCGCUCUGACCGCUUACCAGAUGGCAGCACUGCAAUCGGCCCAGUACAAUCCAUACAAUCUGUACGGAGGAUAUCAGCAGGCUCAGCUGCAGCAACCCAUCGCCCAGAACCCCUUUCAACAGUACGAUUAUCCUCAGCGAGCACUCUACAAUCCGGCACCGGUCGUCAGUGCGGCCUCUGCCUAUCCGAACUAUAACAAUUAUGCAUCCUUCAGCAACCCUUCGCCAUACCGAUUUUUCUACUAUUAGUCUGCUGAUUGGCAGUGGCCCCGCCGACCACUUCAUACUGAACGUUGUGUCAAAUGGGGCCGCAACCCAAGGCUGACCCUGGGACCUGGUCACGGUCCACCCCGGUUUCGAGUAUCUCAAUCUCGCGUACACAAGAAAUGGAAAAGCGCAACCCAUUUGCGAUGGUAGUAGUGGUUAGCGGGAGCAAAAACACACUCCCUUUUUAGAACUGUAGUUGACCAAACGAUAUUUUGUAGGUCUUCCGAUUGGUGGCUGAGGUUGUCCGACCGAUUGGCGUUACACCCCCCUCCUCCGCCAAACGUUGCUAAUCCUAAGACUUACGAGACUGAACAAUGAACGUUUAUGGUGUUAGGUAAUGGUAGGGCGCAACACGACAGCGUGACGGUGCGCACCGGGACCCCGAUCCGAAAACCAGAGCUUUUUGUUGGCCAUCUCGGGAGUGCAGGGAUCGGGUCGUUCGGGUUGCAUCGUUCGCUUGGAGUCGUAAACAAAAAGCGUAACAAAGCUUGCGAUAGUUUAUGGGAUGGAACCGUCCCCGAUCUGAUAAGUGCAUUUCUUUUAGAUAGUAAGAGUACGACAUAAAUAAAUAAAACAAAAUGCUGAACGGAAUAGCUUCCAUUAGUGGAAUUACAA